CUCAGGACCUGGGAGGCGAGGCGGCCCGGACCGCCGGUGGAGCGCGGGCCGCCCAGCGGCGGCGCGAUGCCGCUCGCCCAGCUCAAGGAGCCCUGGCCGCUCAUGGAGCUGGUGCCGCUGGACCCGGAGCCCUGGUCGACCUGGUCCUUCUCCCCAGGCUUCUGAGAGAUGACAGAAUGGACAAGCCUCAGGGGAAGAAGCUGGACUUCAGCCGUCCAAGGAUGAAGACGUCCUCAAGGAGAUCUCCAUCACGCACCAUGUCAAGGCUGGCUCCGAGAAGGCCGACCCAUCCCACUUUGAGCUCCUCAAGGUUCUGGGCCAGGGGUCCUUUGGCAAAGUCUUCCUGGUGCGGAAGGUCACCCGGCCUGACAGUGGGCACCUGUAUGCCAUGAAGGUACUAAAGAAGGCGACACUGAAAGUGCGUGACCGCGUUCGGACCAAGAUGGAGAGAGACAUCCUGGCUGAUGUAAACCAUCCGUUUGUGGUGAAGCUGCACUACGCCUUCCAGACUGAGGGCAAGCUCUACCUUAUUCUGGACUUCCUGCGUGGCGGAGACCUCUUCACACGGCUCUCUAAAGAGGUUAUGUUCACGGAGGAGGAUGUGAAAUUUUACCUGGCCGAGCUGGCUUUGGGCCUGGACCACCUGCACAGCCUGGGCAUCAUCUACAGAGACCUGAAGCCUGAGAACAUCCUUCUGGAUGAGGAAGGCCACAUCAAACUCACUGACUUCGGCUUGAGCAAGGAGGCCAUUGACCACGAGAAGAAGGCCUAUUCCUUCUGUGGGACGGUGGAGUACAUGGCCCCCGAGGUCGUCAACCGCCAGGGCCACACCCACAGUGCAGACUGGUGGUCCUAUGGGGUGCUGAUGUUUGAGAUGCUGACGGGCUCCCUGCCCUUCCAGGGGAAGGACCGGAAGGAGACCAUGACACUGAUUCUGAAGGCAAAGCUAGGCAUGCCCCAGUUUCUGAGCACGGAAGCCCAGAGCCUCCUGCGGUCCCUGUUCAAGCGGAAUCCUGCCAACCGGCUCGGCUCCGGCCCUGAUGGGGCAGAGGAAAUCAAGCGGCAUGUCUUCUACUCCACCAUUGACUGGAAUAAGCUGUACCGGCGCGAGAUCAAGCCACCCUUCAAGCCGGCUGUGGCACAACCCGAUGACACCUUCUACUUUGACACUGAGUUCACAUCCCGCACGCCCAAGGACUCCCCAGGCAUCCCCCCCAGCGCUGGUGCCCAUCAGCUGUUCCGUGGCUUCAGCUUUGUGGCCACUGGCCUGAUGGAGGACGACGGCAAGCCUCGGGCCACGCAGGCGCCCCUGCACUCGGUGGUACAGCAACUACAUGGAAAGAACCUGGUUUUUAGCGACGGCUAUGUGGUAAAAGAGACGAUCGGUGUGGGCUCCUACUCCGAGUGCAAGCGCUGUGUCCACAAGGCCACCACCAUGGAGUAUGCUGUCAAGGUCAUCGACAAGAGCAAGCGAGAUCCCUCGGAAGAGAUUGAGAUUCUUCUGCGGUACGGGCAGCACCCCAACAUCAUCACUCUGAAAGAUGUGUACGAUGAUGGCAAACACGUGUACCUGGUGACAGAGCUGAUGCGGGGAGGGGAGCUGCUGGAUAAGAUCCUACGGCAGAAAUUCUUCUCAGAGCGUGAGGCCAGCUUCGUCCUGCAUACCAUCGGCAAGACCGUGGAGUAUCUGCACUCCCAGGGGGUUGUGCACAGGGACCUCAAGCCCAGCAACAUCCUGUAUGUGGACGAGUCUGGGAACCCUGAGUGCCUGCGCAUCUGCGACUUUGGCUUUGCCAAGCAGCUGCGGGCUGAGAACGGGCUUCUCAUGACACCUUGCUACACCGCCAACUUCGUGGCGCCGGAGGUACUGAAGCGCCAGGGCUAUGACGAGGGCUGCGACAUCUGGAGCCUGGGCAUUCUGCUGUACACCAUGCUGGCGGGAUACACUCCAUUUGCCAAUGGACCCAGUGACACACCAGAGGAAAUCCUGACCCGAAUCGGCAGUGGGAAGUUCACCCUCAGCGGGGGAAAUUGGAACACGGUUUCAGACACAGCCAAGGACCUGGUAUCCAAGAUGCUGCAUGUGGACCCGCACCAGCGCCUCACAGCUAAGCAGGUCCUGCAGCACCCGUGGAUCACCCAGAAAGACAAGCUCCCCCAGAGCCAGCUAUCCCACCAGGACCUACAGACUGUGAAGGGAGCCAUGGCAGCUACAUACUCUGCGCUCAACAGCUCCAAGCCCACCCCUCAGCUGAAGCCCAUCGAGUCGUCUAUCCUGGCCCAGCGGCGGGUGAGGAAGCUGCCAUCGACCACCCUGUGAGGGGCCAGAGCGUCCGGGCCGCAGGGCAGUGCUAGCUCGACGGAGGCAGCGUACUUCCCAGAGGGAGCGGGCCCGAGUCACAGGGCCAGAGGGAGCGGAGCCCCGAGGGCGCCCAGAUCACCCCGGGGAGGGCGUGAGAAGUGCCUUCUCCUCCCCCAGGACGCACUCUUCUCGGUUCAGGCUCUGCUGGUUGAAAUCGAUUCACUGUACAAACUCUUGUCUUCUUUUAAGACAGAAAUGGCACCAACCGCCAUGGGUUUUUACAAGAUCCAUUUGCCUUUCUGGGAGCAGAAGUAGCCAGUGCAGCCCCAGGAGGGGCACUGAGUCGCACUAGGGCUGUCUGUAGCUGAGACUCCUUAGAGCAGCUUCGGGGUCCCCCUGGGGGGACCCCUACAACUGGCCAUGUGUAGCCGUCUGCGCCCACCUCCAAGCGGCCCAGCGCCGCCUUCCGGAGCCCUUGGCUCUCCGGCAGGACUUGCUCUAUCCCCAUCGGCUCCUUUUCUCUUCUGUUCUGCUGGGGCUUCUGGAACCACUUCCUGCUAGAGGAGAGGACCAAGGCCCCGCGGCUCCCAGCUCCAGGCACCAGCAUCCAUUGGCCGUACCACUGGGUCCUCUGCAGUCAGGUCGGGCAGCCCCUGAAGGAGCAUCCGGAAAGCACUUUUUGGCUGACUUCUGUUGGAGUCUGCCACAGGACAGAGUCCACAGGAGGCCUGUGGGGCAGGCCAAGAGGGGCAGGGGCUUUUUUCAUUCCUUCCUCAGCUGGUAACUCAGGGUUCAUCUGUCCACGGCCUUUCUAAUAAACUUACAGUUGAGUUGAA